UCGCCCGCUCCGCCGCGACAGUAUGACUUCAGGAUCGAGCGAGUCGAGUCAAAGCGCCGCACAGGUAUUCACCUGGACGGAUGAGAGAAAUUACAAUAUGACAGAAUGGCUUUUUAUUGGCGGACAUUUUUUAUUUUUUAAGCGUACAAACUGUAUUCUUAAUGCUGAUCCCGGCGUAGAUGUAUUUAUUUAAAGACUUUUAAGAUGUGUCCGUGCUCUGUGAUGGACAAACUAUAACGGUGACACUGUUUGUCUAUGACCGAAAACAUUUAAAGUAAAAAUAACACAUGACAGUGUGGUUUACGUUUUGUAUUCCUGUCAUUUCAAGUGUUAACUGUCCAAAUAAUAAGAAGUGUUAUUAAUGUAUUGGUCUAGCUCUUGAAAUACAUCUGAAGAUUAUCAAGAAUGAAAAUUAAUGUUGGCUACAAAAGAAAAACGUCACUUAUUUUUUUUGGUGAUGGAACAAUAAUUCUGAUGACAUAAAAUACUUUAAAAUAAAUAAAUCUGCUAAUUAGUUUAAGAAACGUAUCCGAUUUUCUCAAACAUUCAUUUAUAGAAGAAAUAUAUCACGAUUGAGCUUAAACAUUUAACUUUUCCCGGGUUAUUGAGGCGAAUCUGCACCAUUUUUCCUCAAAGAACGUGGCGUUGAAGCCGUGUGACAUGAGCAGGAGUUCUCUGAUGGCUUAAAACUAAAUGUUGUGACGUUGGUUUGCGUUGUUGUUUUUUUGGCCUCAGAUUCGUCGCAGUAGUUUUUCAUAAAAACAAGGGGUACGUCAUCCCCUAAAUUGUUGUAUAUCCUUCUAGAAACGGUCUCUGUAAGACGAGCAUCGCUCUGCUUUCUUUAAGUGUGAAUGAGGCUCAAGCUGGACGUCUGUCCUCACCGGCCCGUGAUGACAUCGUCACAAUCACUAAAACAGGCGUCUAGUUCAUGCCGGAUGAAAUCUGUUGAUGCUUGAGAGGCAGAUGAGUCCUCUGCUGCAUCAUUAGCUCUGGUUGGCUACUCUGGGGACCCCAUCCUCCCUCCCUCCCUCUUUUUUUUUACGCAUGCACCAUCUGCUCACGUGACUCCUGUGUUGCUGUACUCAGCGCUAGCGGCGGCCAUCUUUUGGUCGACACCCACCCCCAGUGCAUUCACCGCAGCGCACACGGGCAGUCAAAUCGAAGAGAGUGAACCGGCGCUGAGCCCACCGGAGGAGGAGGAGGGCUUUGAUUUCCUCUCUUCUUCUUGUUUGCUGCUCUCCUGCAUUUUAAACCCCCUGUCUGUGCAAAAAAAAGAGGGAUUACAAGAAGAAGAAAAAGAAGAAGAAGAAGAGGAGGAGGAGGAAGGUGUGGAGAGGGCAGGGCAGUGUAUUUCACUCGGUGAGGAGAAGAGGAGGAGGAGGAGGAGAAGCCUUUCUAACACCUGCUGUGGGCCUUCCCUCGUCUUUGGGCCUUUUCAUCCUCUUUUGUUUUGAUUCUCUUCUCUCGACUUGUCGUCUUCUGUGGGGCUCGCGGGACAAAAAGCUACUCGCCCCUUUACUCCCUCUCUCCCCCUCGGCGGCGGCGGUUUGUUUUGUGCAUCCCGCUGAGUCAUCAUGUCUGACCUGACGCCUCAGAGCGAGACCCCCACCCCCACCAGCGACAAGAUCACGCAAGCCGCCCGGGAGACCAUCUAUCUCUGCAACUUCCGCGUGUCCGUCGACGGCGAGUGGCUCUGCCUGCGCGAGCUCAACGACAUCUCGCUGACGCCGGACCCGGAGCCCACCCAUGAAGAUCCCAAGGACCCCAUUGCGAUCGAGAGGCUGAACCUGAUGAACAUGGCCAAGCUGAGCAUCAAGGGCCUGAUCGAGUCGGCGCUGAACCUCGGCCGCACGCUGGACUCGGACUACGCGCCGCUGCAACAGUUCUUCGUGGUCAUGGAGCACUGCCUGAAGCACGGCCUGAAGACCAAGAAGAUGUUCUUGGGGCAGAACAAGUCCUUCUGGGGGGCGCUGGAGCUGGUGGAGAAGUUAACGCCCGAAGCCGGAGAAAUCACCGCCAGCGUGAAAGACUUGCCCGGCCUCAAAACUCCUCUGGGCCGAGGACGUGCCUGGCUGCGGCUGGCGCUGAUGCAGAAGAAACUGUCCGACUACAUGAAGACCAUCAUCAACAGGAAGGACCUGCUCAGUGAAUUCUACGAGGCGAACGCGCUGAUGAUGGAGGAGGAGGGCGCCGUCAUCGCCGGGCUGCUCGUUGGCCUGAACGUCAUCGACGCCAACCUGUGUAUGAAGGGAGAGGACCUGGACUCUCAGGUCGGCGUGAUCGAUUUCUCAAUGUACCUCAAAGAUGGUGGACACAGCAGUAAGAGUGCAGAGGGCGACGGUCAGAUCACAGCGAUACUCGACCAAAAGAACUACGUGGAGGAACUGAACCGGCAUCUGAGCGCGUCGGUAAAUAACCUCCAGGCCAAGGUGGAUGCUCUGGAGAAGUCCAACACGAAGCUCACGGAGGAGCUCGCUGUGGCGAACAACCGGAUCAUCACUUUACAAGAAGACGUGGAGCGAGUGAAGGAGGAGAGCUCGUAUCAGCUGGAGUCCAGGAAGGCAUCCAGGAGUGACUCGGCACCAGACGGACAAGUGCUGGGCGAAACACGCAAGCAGCUCAAAGAGGAAACAUUGCUUCGAUUGGAUGUGGAGAAGGAGCUGGAGGUGCAGAUCGGCAUGAAGCAGGAGAUGGAGCUGUCCAUGAAGAUGCUAGAGAAGGACGUCUGUGAGAAGCAGGACGCUCUGGUGGAGCUCCGAGAGCAGCUGGAGGACCUCCGGGUCAUCAACCAGCAGCUCAGCCACAAGUCACAGAGUGUCGACACCGGCUCCAAACACAAGACGGAAGCCAUCGCUCGCCUGGAGGAGAAGAUCAACCAGAUGAGCGGCACGGUGAAGCAGAUGGAGACCAGAUGCAAACAGGCUGAGAGGGAGAGGGGUCUGGCUUUGGAGGCCAACCGGCUCUUCAAGGAGGAGUUUGGGGACAAAAUCGAGAGUCUGCAGGUGGAGGUGGAGCAGCUGAGGAAGCACAGGUCCAGUCUGGAGCUUGAAUUGAGAAAAGAGCGAGAGAGAAGAGGUGAGCAUCACCACGACGACGUGCCCGGACAGUGCGGCGCUCCUUCGAGGGAGACGAGACCCCCCGAAAACAUCCCCAAACGUGUCCCAGAAUCCCUGUCGGUCAGAAGGGAGAGCGACCAGUUCCACUCAGGAGCCGAGGACAAAACCAGUCUGAGCUCCAGCCUGUACGUAGUUUACACAACAACAACACAUCUACGAGGAAAUAUAGUUUAUUUAUUAAUUCCUCCCCCUCUCCACCUUCUAAGGUCCUCCAGGUCGCAGCACGAGGACGAACAGGACGAGUCCUUCGUGGAGAUCAGUGAGCCUUCUGUCUGUACGAUGUGUGAACAGGACGACUCCCUGGUGAAGACGAAGAAACAGUGUAAGAACUGCGGCGGCGUCUUCUGCGACCGCUGCGUGUCCAACGAGCUGCCGCUGCCGUCCUCCAUCCUCCCGGAGAUGGUGUGCAGCGCCUGCUUCGCCCUGCUGCUGCAGCAGUAUGCGGCCACGCCCACAUGAGACAGUGGCCACGCCCACACGAAUAUGCACUUUUAGACUUUGUCCCCUGAGCUCCGGACCGGCUCGUCGUCGAUGCUCCUGGUUCUGAACAUUUUGCCACUGGGAGCGUCAGGAUUACUUUAGUUUCAAACGCGGGGACUAUAUUAAUUCUUUAUUUUCUGGCUGAGAAUAUUUAUUUUGCUGCUUUUAGUGAAAACCUGCAUUUAAAAAAGGAAAACUUCAAUCAUCUCAUGCGUAAAAAAAACUUUCCACCUUGUCCACUAAGUGGAUUAUUAAUUAAAAAGGUCAACUGACUAUACAUUUUUUGAAAUCAUUCAGUUUAAAAUAAAAAGGAAAAACUGGCCAAGCUUAUACAUAUUACUUAUUAUAACACUGCUAUUAAUCACGAAUACAUCAGUAUAUGAAGCAUUAUUUCACUUGGGUGAAGCAUGAGUUUAAAACAAUUUUCCGGCUGAUGCUGAAAAAUAAAUAUAAAAAUCACGUUUGACCAAAUAUUAUAUUGAAAUAUGAUAUUAAAAUGUGUUUGCAUUUUGUGAAAAGUCAAAAAAGGUUUCAUACGCUAGUUAAAAUUAAAGUAAACGAUCAUAAAUAUGCACGUCGGCGUCAUGAAUGUUAUAACUGGAAUGCAGAAAACACUUUUAUUUGUAUUUUUUGGGGGGGGGGGGGGGGGUUAAGAAAAAAAUAAAAGUAAGCUCACAAAUAAUACAAAUUUAAAAAGAACUUAAAAGUUUUGUGAAGAUAUUUCAUGUCGUGCUCAAACUAGCGUCAGACGUACCGAGAGCGAUGUCUCCCCAAAAAAUUUAUCAGACUGUUCCUUUAAGUUUACAAUGCCAAGGAUUCUGGGUAAAAUACAUGGCGCCUGCAGCGCUGAACAUUCAGACAUUUAGAUUCUAGUCUACUCUAAAUAAUCCUGUAAGGCGUCGUCUGAUUAUAUUCCAGCUCUUUUAUUGCACGUCUCUGCGUCACGUGGACUUCAUGACUGUUUGUACAUUUAUGAAGGAAAUUAACGCGAGAUGCAAAUGCUUCUUAGAUCAAUAAACUUUUAUUCAAUGUUA